UUCGGUCGCCCGUAAAGUUGUAGCUGCUGGAGCGAUACGACAGAGAGCUCCCACCACCAACCGGCUCGUGAUCAGCAAAUGGUAGCAACGACGGCCACGAGGAAUGCGAGUUUUGUUUUCCCUGAGACCACUAGCGUCUCGACAUUAAUUCCACCGCCUUCGCCUUCCGCCCACCCCUGCGAUCUCCCACGUCCCCCUCCCCCUUGGCCAUGGUGAUGACCGCGCCCCGCCCUUUCCCGAUCAUCAUUGUAAGUGUUACAGAAGCUCUUGGAACGGUAUCCAGAGGGUGUCACCUUCACAUGGCUACCAUGCAAUCUAGUUUGAAGUAUGAUCUGGUUUGCAGCAGAACAAGGAAGGGCCUUCCUUUUCAGUUCUCCAUAAGGCAGUUACUUGCAAAAUGCAGUCACUCUACUUCUCAAACCACAGCAAAAGAUCAGAAUAAAUCUUAUCUUCAAUUUUUAAGGGAAAAGAAGAUAGUUCCUGAGUCAGAUCCUCCAAGCACUAAAGAUGUGAACCUUCUGUAUCAAUUUUUUGAUCAGAGGCGCAAGCUUAUGGUGUUGACUGGAGCAGGAAUGAGCACAGAGUCUGGGAUUCCUGAUUAUAGAAGUCCCAAUGGAGCUUACAGUUCUGGCUUCAAACCUAUUACACAUCAGGAGUUUGUCCGCUCAAGCCGUGCCCGCAGGCGAUACUGGGCUAGGAGCUAUGCUGGAUGGAGAAGAUUUACUGCAGCACAGCCAAGUGCAGCCCAUCGUGCUCUAGCAUCUUUGGAAAAAGUUGGUAGAAUCAAUUAUAUGGUUACACAAAAUGUUGACAGGUUGCAUCAUCGUGCUGGAAACAACCCACUUGAGUUGCAUGGAACUGUGUAUACUGUAGUAUGUUUGCAAUGUGGCUAUUCCAUUAACCGAGAUUUAUUUCAAGACCAAGUGAAGAUCCUCAAUCCAAAGUGGGCUUCAGCAAUUGAAAGCUUGGAAUGUAGCAAUCCAGGCUCAGACAAGAGCUUUGGCAUGCAGCAACGGCCUGAUGGUGACAUUGAGAUAGAUGAGAAGUUUUGGGAACAGGAUUUUAAUAUUCCCGAUUGCCUGCAGUGUGGCGGAAUGCUAAAACCUGAUGUGGUAUUUUUUGGUGAUAAUGUUCCUAAAGAAAGAGCAGAUAAAGCAAUGGAAGCUGCAAAAGGAUGUGAUGCUUUCCUUGUUCUGGGUUCAUCGUUGAUGACCAUGUCUGCGUUCAGACUUGCCAGCUCAGGAUGAAGUGAGCACUUUUCGCUACUUUUGACAUACAACUCAGCAGUGUAGAGUCAGCUGCAAGAGUGCACUAUGAAUGCGCCCCAGAAUAUGCACCUGCCACUGUCAGAGAUUGAUUGUUGACCUUUGAGUUCAUCCUAGACCCCACCAUUCUAGCUCAAAAAGCAGUGUCAAACUUUGGUUUGUCAAGCUGGGAUCCUCUGUGGUGCACGUCUUGCACUGCAGAGGGCUGUACAGCCUUAAAUAACCAUCAUGUCGUCCCAUCUUGGAUAUGGAUGGCUGUUGCUCAUCCUUGCGAUGUACUGUGUUUGGCACCGAACGUGACCCUUUCUAUUCUCAAGAUGAGUGAAUUCGUCUCCAAGAUGGAUGAUGUAGCGAUUAUUGAGGGUUGUAUACCCCUGUGUGGUGCAAAGCAUGCACCGUGGAGGAUCAGGACUCUGGUUUAUGUGCUACCUACUCAUGUCUUCUUAUUGUUGAUUCUUAAUUGUGUGCUACUUGGAAACUUGAAGGAUUGAUUAUUCUGUAAAUGCAUCUUCAGCUAUGUAAUUCUUUUGCACCGUGUUUUCUUUUAGUCCAGUGACCUAUAAUCAUGCUCAACAAUUUUU